UUCUGUUUGUAACUGAAAUUGGUUGUGAUACAUUUAUUACUGUGGAGGUCAUGUAUCUGCUGGAGUUUUCAUCCAGUUGCAGGGGGAAAUAGAUGGAAAGGACAAGAGAAAACAAAAAUGUAGAAUUUAGGUCACAUCUAAGGACCCAUGCUUGUCCUUUAAAUCCAUUAUGUGUAUUAAUUACCCACUUAUUAUUCUUAAAUCCCACAACAGAGGGUGUGGGAUCUCCUGAAGUGAUAGGGCUGAAGAGGAGAUGGAAACAGCUAAUGAGAGCACAGGUGGGGAUUUCAUCUUAGUGGGCUUCUCUGAGCGGCCCAAGUUAGAGCUGAUCCUCUCUCUCUUUGUCCUGAUGUUCUACACUAUAACUCUUGUGGGCAACGUGACCAUAAUCCUACUCUCUAUCCUGGAUGCUGGACUUCAUACACCCAUGUACUUCUUCCUCAGAAACCUCUCUGUGCUUGACCUCUGCUUCACCACCAGCAUUGUGCCCCAGAUGCUGGUGAACAUGUGGGGAGGUAACAAAAAGAUCAGCUAUGCUGGCUGCAUGGUCCAGUACUGGGUGGCCUUGGCACUUGGCUCCACAGAGUGUGUGCUCCUUGCGGUGAUGGCAGUUGAUCGCUAUGUUGCAGUUUGCUGGCCUCUACACUAUACCUCCAUCAUGCACCCCAGGCUGUGUCACCUCCUGGCAGCAGCUUCCUGGUCCUCUGGUUUUGCUAACUCCUUUCUCCAGUCCUCAAUGGCCAUGGUGCUGCCUCGAUGUGGAAACCGGCGUGUGGACCAUUUCUUCUGUGAACUAUUGAUCAUUGUUAAACUCUCCUGCGUUGAUACUGGCCCGACAGAAUCUAAAAUGUUUAUUGCCCGGCUAAUCAUCCUAGGCAUGCCUAUCUCCAUCAUCCUGACCACUUACCUGUGCAUCGCCAGGGCAGUAGUAAAAAUGCGCUCAGCAGAGGGAAGGAAAAAGGCCUUUAGGACCUGUGCCUCCCACCUAAUGGUAGUCUCACUCUUCUAUGGGACCAUUAUGUUUUUGUAUCUGCAGCCCAAGGACAACUACUCCCAGGACCAGAGCAAAGCACUGGCAGUGCUUUACAUGAUUCUUGCACCCACACUCAACCCUCUGGUCUACACACUGAGGAAUAAGGAUGUGAAGAAAGCAGUCAGGAGCUUGAUGGGGAUGGAGCAGGUAUAGGGAGAUCAAGAGUGGGAAGAAAGGUGAGGCAACCACUGGCGACACAACUUGUGGUGUACUUGCUUUAACUGCGCUUGUUUUAUGUUUCUGUGAGGGGGUUGGAAAAUCUGCUGUGUGCUCUUCUCUAGCUAUUCCUGGGAUCUUUAGAGGGUGGGGACUCACCAGAAGGAAACCUAACCAUCCCUUAAAGGAACCUCUGGCCAAGGCAAUCUCCCCUGGCAAGUAAUUCUGUGUCCCACUGUUAAUGUUUUUCUAUUUUCAAUGCGUGGUUACUAGCUUAUUCAAAUGCCACCAAACAUACUCCUAGAUGUUACAAUAGCACCGAUGAUCACUCUGCUACAUUUAUUAAGCAGCUACACGGCCAUAGAAGUUUCUUCAUUUUCUCCAUCACCACUUUCACUAUACCAUCAUCAAAACAGUUAGGAAAAUGGAGGAUUUAGUCAGUAACAUACAAUGCAAUACUUGUCCAUCAUGAAUAAAUAUAUGUGGAACAAGAAAAAAGAAUAAGAAUCAAGUAGACAGAGACUACACAGUAUACCAAGGAUCCUGUUUCUUAGAAUUGAAAGGAGUACCAUGACUUCAAGGCAAGGCUUUAGGACAUGUCAAAUUUUAUCUUAUUUAGUGUUUGAAUAAUAAGAAUAAACAUGUUCGCUUGCUGGAGCUAUAAGACAGUUUGUAAAUUUUAAAAUCACACACACACAAAAAAACUGAAUAAAGAGAACUGUGAGUUAAGUAGAGACCAGGCAACUGAUGUCAAUGAGAUUCUAAACAGAAUUCUCUGCUUACUUUCAUAGGAGAGAAGUGCAGAAUUAAAAAGCACUAUUUGAGUACAGAAGUGAAAGCCAAAGGAGUCAGGGGGCUUGAUUUGCACUGCUACAUCCAAUGGUUUUCACACAACAAUGAUCCGUGGUUCCAAAUCCACAUUGGCAUUAACAAGUUGCUCAGUAAUUCUGUGGCCUAAUAUGGGACCCAAGUGCAUCCUAAUUUUCUGAAGUUUGUCUCAGCGUAUAAUGACAUAUCCUUGUAAGAGGAAGUCUGCAUUAAUUAAAACAAGACUUGAGAAAAACACCCUCUCAUUUUCAGAAGAGCACAGUCUUUUCUUAUGUGGUUCUGGAUGUCAUGCUAUUAUGCCCAGCUACGAUAGACUGGAGGCAUUACUUUCUUAAAUUGCUCAUCCAUGUGCUUAGAAAGGAGCCUAACACUCUGUAAAUAAUUAAUAGGCUGAAUGAAUGAAUGGACUGAAUGAAUGCAUGGAUAUGGGAAGAUGUCAAAGUUUAGAAUGCUAUAUGCAACAUUUCAUUCUAUAGGAUGAGCAUUUUGUAUUGGCAAGUGACUAAAGGUGCAGAUUGAAAAUAAAAUUAUCAUAUAUAUGACCAGCUGCAGCCAUGUCUACUGAACUCCACUGUAAUAACCACACUAAAUCACAAUAGGCAGGGAUUAGUCCAAAUAAAAAUCAUUACUUCAAAGUGAGAAAAAAAACUGUAGUGUUUUAACAGCUUUUCAAUUAGAGCAGUGGUUCUCAACAAGAGGCAGUUUUGCCCCACUCCCACCCUUGCAGGGGAUGCUUGCAAUGUCUAGAGACAUUUUUGGUGAUCACAACCUAGGAGGGAGGUAUUACUGGCAUCUCGUAAGUAGAAACCAGGGAUGCUGCUAAAUAUUGUACAAUGCACAGGAUAGUCUUCUACAACAAAGAACUAUCCAGUCCCAAAUGUCAACAGCGCUGAGGUUGAGAAGCCCUAAAUUAGAGAAAUAAAUAUUAUGGAUGUUCUGAUCAAAGACAUAACACUUAUGAAGGCCACAUAUUCAUGACAGUAGGUAAAUUGAUAUCAUUUGAGUUUUUAUGAAGUCAGUGAUCACUUGGUGUCAGAAAGGGUCUAACUAGGAAAAUAGAAACAACUUUAAAUAUUUACAAUGGAGGCCAUUUAAUGCAGAGCAUUGGUGACACAAGUGAUAAAAGAACUGCAAAUCCAAACAGGAGAUACUGAGGAAACCCUGAGAUUAGUAACAGUAUGAAGUUGCUAACAUCCCUAGACUUAAGAUAGAAGGAGAGUUGGUAUUAGAAGAACCCAAGGGGCAGGGUCAUCUGGAAGAAACCGCAACCAACAUGGCAGGCCACUCUUGCAGGAACAGGAGCAGCCUUCCUCUACUACUGCCUGAGGUGCCACCUGAAGUGGACUUGGAGGGGGUACUAGCUCACCUUAUCCCUUUAUUCUCUCCCCAGAUAUUCUAUGGAUAUGGGAACCAAGGAAAUACAGCCUGCAGGGUCAUUAGCACCUCAUCCCAUCCCCACUCUACCCCACCACAAACUAAAUAGAUCAAGGAAGGGCAAUACUGUAUCUGGAGACCAAUACGCUUAGGGUUGUUACCAUUAAUCUUUAUUACAUUCUGCAUCCAUUCUUACCUUCUAUGAAUAUUUCCUCUCAUAGAAAAUUCAGGCCCUUACCUUCAUAGGCAACUCCCCACCUCU